AUGUCUUCACGUAUUUCAUUCCCAAUUGAUUUGGCUGCGUGUGUAAACCCUCGUUCUUUUCGAAUGAACCUUAUUGAUGGUCAGCUUGACAUAAUGUUAACAGUAUUCAGUAACGGAUGUUAUAAGCUAUUAAACGGUGAUGUUAUGGGCCCCGAUUUUGCUAUUGUACUUCAUAUCAGGUGGGACGAUCUAACAAGCGUACAAAAAGAUGAAGCAUAUCCGUCAGUCGCACCUAACUUUGUUGUGGAGUUACGUCCACAGCCUGACUCACCAAUAUGUCCAUCAUAA